AUGGAACAAAUACCUGGCUAUGUCACCAGGAGGACUAAUACAGUCGUUGGCUUUUCUAGGACGAGUGUGGCAGGAUAUAUCCAUAUACUUCAUAGAUGGGCUGCCACAUUCAAAAGGUUUCACGGUGAUUUUUGUGGUGGUCUACAGAUUGAGCAAGUAUGUUCAUUUCAUCCCCCUCUAAUACCCUUACAUUGCGGUGACCGUGGCUUUAGCUUUCAUCAUAGAGGUGGUCAGAUUGAUGGAGUAACAGAGGCGAUAGUAUCGGAUAGAGAUGAGAUGUUCCUCGGCUACUUUUGGCGGGAGUUGUUCAGAUUACAGGGGAUAGUUCUGAAGUGGAGCACCACUUAUCACCCACAGACGGAUGGCUACACGAAAGUGAUCUCAUCUAAGGUAUUGUACGGAAGGGAUCCUCCCCACUUGGUGCACUUUGGGAGUAGCAAUUCUCUUGUUUUUUCAGUGGAGUACUUGGAGGAGAGGGAUAGAGUGCUAGAGGAGUUGAAGAGACAUCUAUUGAGAGCUAAACAUAUUAUGAAGAAAAAAGGUGAUGGGCAUAGGAACGACAUCCCGUUUGAAGUGGAGGAGAGAGUGUUCUUUAAGCUCCGACCAUACAGACAGAAGACAGUCACCAACAGAAGGAAUGAGAAGCUUGCUCCAAGGUACGUUAGACCUUAUGAAGUGUUGGAGAAGGUCGAAGCAGUAGCAUAUUGGCUGAAACUAUCACCAACGACUACUAUACAUCCGAUUUUCUAUGUAUCUAAGUUGAGAAGAGUCAUUGAUGAUUAUACAGCCAGCUCCGAGUUACUGGUGUCACUUACUGAAGAUUUAGAGAUUGUUCUGGAACCCUUAGAGUUGAUGGGGGUUUGCUAG